AUGUCAAAACUCGCUCGGCUAAACCCUUAUAAACGCUCAAUUGUUGCCGUUACGACUUCUGAAAGAUAUAUGGGUAGUAAAGAACAUCGAUUUGUGGGCAUUUGUAUUCGACGAGAAAAGCAGGGUCUUCAUCAUCAGUUUACAUUGAGGAAUGUGCUUGAUGGUGUUGGUGUCGAAAUAAUGUAUGAUUUGUACAAUCCUACGAUACGCAAAAUUGAAACUCUGAAAUUGGAAAAACGACUGGAUAAAGACCUAAGCUACCUUGUUGAUGCAUUACCGGAGUACAGCACAUUUGACUUUCACAUGGAAUCCAUAGCGCAUCCUGCUGGAACUCCUGUUCCGGUCAACCCCAUCAAGAGGUGUUUAGUAUUUUCACCAAUGCUCAAGGUGCUAUUAAUGGUAAUUUCAUUGCUGCUGCUUCAUGGAGCUUGUUCAAUGGGUAGACAUGGUGCCAUUUAUUACGUUAAUUGA